AUGUUGUGCAUUGAAGCUGGGGUAGAUCCUAAAUUGAGACGGUACAGAGAGAAAGCUGUGGAGGACUUUGUUGUUGUUUAUAACGCGAGAAAACUCUAUCCCCAAAUCAUCUCCACACUCGAACCUAAGGAGUGGGAUGAGCGUGAAAUGAUGAGCUUCCACUCGUUGGUGGAUUGGAAGCUCAAGGACGAUGUCGUCUUCCCAGACUGUCUCACCAUCCAAGAUCCUCGAGACGCUACAAAGAUCAUCGACCUGCCCUCUGCGGUGAAGAUCGUUCACCUCGAGCUAUACCCCAAGCCAACAACCCACACAUUCCCUGGAGCUGAUCACUUCAGUCACACCGUCAAUGAAGUGAAAGGUUUCACCUACGCCUUAAGAUCCAAACUACCGGUGGACAUUGCCCACCCUCCCAAGACCGGUCGCAAGGCCGAUUACUCCAAGUUCGAACCGAUGUCGGGUCACCACCUUCCCCACCUCCAAUGCGCCCAAAUUAUGCCAUACCAUCAUCUCCCUCAACAUUACUCAAUUGGAUCCUGCAAGGAUGGACAAGCCACUCUAAAAUGGUUGGAAGUCAAUCGACCCUCCGUCCACGAUGUGCUUGUUUUGAUCGCUCAAAUCGGAGUAUGGGGUAUGGGAGAUGCCAUCGAGAAAAACAUGUGGGACCUACUCGUCAAGUUGGACGAGGAACACAAGGUGAAACCCGGAAUUCCCGAGGCCAUUCCCAAUAUGGAAAUCAUGAUCGCCCAGCUGGAAAGAAUAUACGAAGCAUACAAACGAGGUAGAGAAGAAGGAGGUGGUAACGUUGCGAGAGAUAUGUUCGAUCCGUUCGUUGCGCCCAACCGAAGGAUCACAUGGGCUCGUCGUCUCAUGAUCACUCAGAGAUGA